GCAAAUUGAAAGUGAGCAAUCAUGAAUCAUCACAGACAGAAGCUUGCUAACGUUAGUCCUUAUUCAUUGUUCUAUUAGCUGACAACCGUUCAUGAAAUGUUCAGUUAGAGUUGCAUGUUCUGCAUGAUUCAGAUAUAUCCAUCAUCAUAACUCCUCUCUCGGCUAAAUUAAUUGAUAGCCAGCAAGAUAACAAUCAAUAAUUAUAACGUUAGCUACUAGCUACAUUUCACUUUUGUGAAAGAUGGCUGAUGCAGAUUUCGGGUUCCCAUCUGACAACGGAGUGCUGCCUGUCGAGGUGGACCCAGCAGCAGCUUUCUUAGCCCAGCAAGAAAGCGAAAUAGCGGUGAUAGAGAAUGACGACGAAGGAGUCGGAGCUUUGGAGGGAUCCGUUGAACAACCGCCGGCAGCCGAUUCACCUGCUACUGUAGAAUAUGAUACCGGGUUUACAGAAGCAUCAGCAGCCACGGUAAACGGAGACAUGUUUGAGCUGGAGUCCAACGGUCCAUCGGACAGCUAUGCGGCCAUCGCCCAGGUGGACUCUCUGCGAGCAGAGCCUGAGAGCCUGCGUAAGUGGAGGGAGGAGCAGAAGGCACGGCUGGAGCAACUAGACUCUGCGUCCAAGGCUGCGGAGGCUGAGUGGAAAGAGAAGGCCAAGAAAGAGCUGGAGGACUGGCAUGUGCACCAGAUUGAACAGAUGGAGAAGAACAAGUCUCACAACAGGGCAUCUGAAGAGGCCUUCCUGUCUGAGGCUGACGGUGACAGCCCAGGGACGGAGUGGGAGAGAGUGGCCCGUCUCUGUGACUUCAACCCCAAGACCAACAAGACAGCCAAGGAUGUGUCCCGGAUGUGCUCGGUCCUCAUAGCCCUCAAACAGACACCUCUGGUGCGCUAGUACGGCCAAUAGAACGGAGGGGUGGUGAUGUUUCCCUGCUCUUGAGUUAUGAACCCUGGUUUGCAUUAAGGUAGAAUGUUCCGGGUUCUUUUCAUAUCUACUCUUUUGGUUCCGGGUUCUUUAUAUGUUCAGACCCCUCCUGUUUUCUGUCAUGUCUCUAACAUGUGGAGGAAAGGUAUUGUCUCUGCCCCCCAUCUUUCCUUAUUCCCGAUGUAAUAUACCUCACUACCUUAACAUGAACGACUGACUGCUUUCUGGCCUUUUAACUUCCCCUCAACAAUGCUUCUAUUUGACCGCUACAAUUACUGAAUUUAAGAAAAUAUGGUUACUGUAUUAUCUUUAUUAAACUUCUUCCCUCUCAUAAAAGAGAAGGGCAUUGGGUCAAACCUUUUAUCUUUUAAGCAUGAUUCCUCUCCCCAAUAUUUAGGGUGUGAAGUGUUCUUUUAUCAAAUAACAGAUUAGGUUAAUCUCCACUGUAAUUUGUAUUUGAUUUAAUGUGUCGGGUGUAAUAUAGCCAGUCCUGUUCAGGCACCACAUAUGCCAGUUUUUUUUUUUGUUAAAAAUUGAUUCACACACCUAUUAAUUUACUGUUGUAUAAUAUUCCUAAUUGAUUAUUUAACGGUACCUAGUAAUUUGUCCUGACAUUUUAGAUGCUAUGAGCUUGUGGCCUUGCUGAACUUUGAACUCCUGUCACUGUUUGUAUUUUUGGCAAUUUUUUUUUAUUUCCUUCCCAAGCUUGACUAUUUAUAGCCUGGUUUCUGAUCUGUUUUGUGUGGUCUUGCCAAACGGGACAAUGAUGCUUUCUACAUACGGUCUAGGCGAUGGCCAUAGAAGUUGACAGCAUAAAACAAAUCUGGGAUCAGACAACAUAGUCUUCCCAUCUAAAGAAUCCUAUCAUUCUGAGGUUGAUCCUCGGCAUCACAAGAAUUCACAUAAUAGGGGGGGCUUGUUACGUCAUGGUUUUUAGGCCGAGACUGCGGCUCCUUGGGUAACCCCCCUCCCCAGAUAGAUUGAUCUUAUGUUAUUAAAUCAGCACCAUUCACCAGAGUCGCCUGUUGAGACUGAACGUAGAGAAACCCCACAUGUUAAAGCUCCAGGAAAAGUGGGAUUCGUAGCCACUCUGUUCAGAGUCCUAAUCAUGGCCAUGUUAUUAAACGACAUGAAUGAACACUAGUCUAAUGUUGAGUCAUAUUUUCAAACCGCCCCCUUUUUUCAUUUUCAGCUGCAUUUCCUGUGAAUCUGUGAUCAACUGUUAUCUAUUAGGAUGGUAUCAUCCAGCCUCACACAGAAUGUUACAUGGGAACUGGAAAACUCUUCAUCAAUAAACAUUUAAAAACUCUUCAUCAA